AUGGAAAACGCCAAUCUAUGGACGAGGCGCUCAAAUACUGGCAAGCUCUCGUUGUCCAUGAGGGAUCAGGAUGUCAAGGAUGGUAGCAAAACAGACUCCCCCCGAUCUUACAACAGCAGACGGUUCGGCGACUCCUCCUCACACGGAAAGAACAAUCCAUUCAACGCAUUAUCCCCGUCGGGGACCAAGUCUCCCUCGGUCGGCGCAUCCUCUGCAUUUGGCUUAGGAAGUGGCGCCUUCGCGUCCUUUGGGUCUGCCAAAACUCCCAAGACUCCUGGAACUGGCUCUGGCUUUGACUUUUCUUCCAGAGAUAAGAAAGAGAAGGAGGCGGACGGUCCAGCAGAAGCAGCCCCGGUGGAGCCCGCUGUACGGUCCCCAGCAACAUCUAGCUCUUCCACGGAACAUCAGCUCCGAAAUACCUGGAACCUCUUCUACCGCCCACCAGCGAACAAAUUCUCCGACUAUGAAAAAUCAACUCUGAAGCUGGCUGCGAUUGGCACGGUGGAAGAAUUCUGGAAGAUAUAUUGCCAUCUCAAGCGGCCGUCACUGCUGCCGACAGUGUCAGACUACCACAUUUUCAAAGACGGGAUUCGACCAGUCUGGGAAGACGAAGCAAAUAAGAAAGGCGGAAAAUGGAUUGUGCGACUGAAGAAGGGUGUCGCAGAUCGCUACUGGGAAGAUCUCCUACUGGCAAUCAUCGGUGAUCAAUUCAUGGAAGCCGGUGAAGAGGUUUGUGGAGCAGUGCUAAGUGUUCGAAGCGGAGAAGAUGUGCUCAGUGUGUGGACGAAGAACGACGGUGGGCGCAACGUCAAGAUCAGGUAG